UUUAUACUGGAAAAAUGGGGGAAGUUAAAAUACUAAGGGAGAAACAGGAUGCUGAGCACCCUUUUUGUUGCUUUUUGCAUUGUUUUUCCUACAAAAUGGAAAUGUCUGCUCUUUUUUCCUCACUAUGCCCAGCAGCAGGUGCAACAGGUGCUGGCAGAGCUGACUGACAGCAAGAAUAAACUGACCUGUGACAAAGGAAAACUUCAGGUACCUCUCAGCAUCCUAUCUGUCAGCUCAAAAGGAAGACUCAUUUUUUUAUGUUCAUCUACGAUAAGGUUGUUUAACCUUAGCUCUUCAGUACUUAAUUUGGAGGGAAGUCCUUAUUUAUCUUCUCUACUUAAUUUAUUUGUGUAGUGUCAAGCACGUAUAUUAAGAGAGUUCUGUAUCAAAAUCAUCUUCAAUCCUGCUCAUACUGCCUUUGGGUCACAAGAUGCUGUAUGAUGUUGCUUCUCUAGGAUUUGUGGUAAGUUGCUUAAUGUGUGAAAAUAGUAGAAUGGCUAAGAACCACCAGGGGGCAUUAAAACAUAAUAUAUGGGUAGAAAAUUGGUUGAAAGAUUAGAAACAUGGAAAACUUUAUAGAAAAUGCAAAUUAAUAAGGAGGGAGGCAAACCAUGGUGCUAAGCAAAAAUAAACAGCAUAUGUAAGCUUUCUUAAGCAGAAGUUAGCUAGACGGUAAAUGAGGUGCUGAAAGUAAAGCUUUUGCUUCAAUGUGACCUAUGUCAUAGGAUUUGGGACAGUGGUGCAAAGAUUCUUGAGUUUCUUUUGAAAACAGCACAGAAUGUGUAGUGAUUAUUAGAGAGCAAGAAAGCUGCAUUUUAUGCAAUAGUCUGAGGUCUGAUAGUGGUGACAGAAGGAAGUGAGCAAGACAUCAUACUUGGAUUAAAACAAGGUGAAUUCUAAUCUGGAGUUAUUUCUAUUGAAGGGUAAGUUAAAAGCUAUUCACUCACUGCUUCUCCUGCUAUGGGACUCAGGGAAAAGAAAACGUUUGCUCUGGGCAGAGAGACAUUGUCACAUCACUCUGCUUCUGUGUUCCAGAUAAGAGAAUGCUUUUCCAUUUCUGCACUAAAAGAAAGCUGAGCUAUUUUGCCACAUCUUUUUUCUUAAGACUGAAGUGCAGAAGCUGGAGGAAGACCUGUAGAUGCACGUUUAGAUAAUAGUGAGCUUUGCAAGUGCAUUGCAUAGAGACCACAUACGCUCUGCUGAAACUGAACUUUGAGAACUUGUUACCCCUCAGAAUUAGGGUCAGCCUAGCUAAUGCUUAGAUAGCCAUUAGAAAUCAGAUUCAACCCACUUUUUCCUGAAGAACAGAGUAUAUGUUUAAUGUUAACCGUAGCAUUCUAGUCUGCAGCUCGGAACAGAACCCAAUUUCAUCAAAACAAACAUGAGAACUAUGGAAGCUCAGCUGAACAGAGCUGUUUUUCAUGCAAGUUGAUUGCAUGUAUUCAGGCUAGAAAACACACAGUUUACAGGAUUAUAAAGGUAGUCCUCAGGAUUUAUUAUUAUUUUGCAGUAAGAGAACAAAUAGCUGCAGAUAAUGCUUGUCUAGCUAUAUUGCUGGGAGGCAGGCAGUUAUUCUGCUUCAGUCUGUUCGCUCAGUCUUAGAGAGAAGUACAGGGAAGAGGUGUUUUAUCCUGGGCAAUGAACCCAAGCUUGUAGGUAUAAGACUGUGAAAUGGACUCUGCUCUGUCAUGAGUUUGCUGUUCUAAGCUGUAAGUUCAAGUAACUGCAUUGAGACUUCUGUUCACAAGCAAGAAUGAACUCGUAACAGUGAAUGCUCUUUACAGACUUCCCUUGCUUCUUGGAUACCAAAGCAAUCUUGUAAUCAUUUUGAGUUGGAAAGCUAAAGAGGCAAAAGUGACAAACUGUUAAUCAUAACCAUAAUCCUCAUCGAUCUAGAAAUUAUACAGAAGAUGUAACCAUGUUUAGGAGACUUCCCUGGAAAACGGGAGGUCCUAUUUCUGCCUUCUGUUUCCAGAAAGCAAAAUGAAUCAAAGUUUCUUUUGUACUUUAUUCUCCAUCAUAGUGGAUGGUUCAUCAGGUUUUCAAAGGCAAUUGGAUAUUAUGUUGAUGAUUAGAAUCCAUGACCUGAAUGCUUUCAGCUUUUGGGAAAGUUGAAACACUCAGUUCCAUUGGUUUGUGGGUAUAGAGAACUAGCUGUAGAAAGGUCUCACAGUAGGAGCAGACCAGAGGGGUGCUCAGAACCAGGGGACUGCGCUGGCUCUGCAAAGCUGUGACAACAGCUGACAUCAUAGACUUCUAAUGAAGUUCCAGUCAGCACUGUGUCUCACUGCUGCCGAGAUACAGAGGGAAGUCACGUGACUUUGGAUAACGUGCUGUGGAAUGUAUCACAGAAGAGAGCUUAAAUAUCUUCCUGAAGUACUGCAGAUUUAGGAAUAAGAUGUAGCAUCUACUUCUGCUCCAUUGAAGAGAUGUUUUGGAGAGUAUUUUUUCAAUUUCUGUUUUUGGUACUCACAUCUUCACUACCUCCAAGGGCUGCCUGGUUUUGUGGUAGGAAUGGCAACAAAAAGAAGAAAAUCCCCAGCAAGGUCUUGGCAACAGAAGUCUCCUGAUCGUAAUGCUAGGUCAGCUGCAGGCUCAAGAGAAGGAACUGUGAAAUCUGAUGUACGUGCUUCUGCUCACCGCUCUACUUUACACCGAGUUCAUUUUGAACAAGUUGAACAUUCAAGAAACUCUCUGUCUGAAUGUGGAGAUUGUCCUAGGGUCAGUCAGAGGAUUCUGUUAAAUGCUAUAAAGAAUAUGGGAGAAAAAUUGGAGAAUAUAAUAGACAUUCUCACUCCAAGAUCGUUGAAAACAGGAUGGUCUACUGGAAUUAAUGAAGGAGACUUCAAUGUGAUGGCAGACCUGCAGCACCAGCUGGACGCAGGAAAGGAUGAUAACAGUAAGGCGACAGCCAUGCUAGAGCAUGUGUUAGCUUCUCAUAACAAGAUGCAAGCAGCUCUGGCUGUGGUACAAACUGAGCUGGGACACAAAGACACUGAAAUCAGCAACCUCAGAAAAGACAAGAGCCAGGCUCAACAGAAAAUACAGAGGCUAGAAACAGAAUUGGAACAUUGCCGAGCCAAACUGGUUGCCAUCGGAAGGCAGCACAGCAGCCAGGUGGAACCACUUUGUAAGACACUAGAAAGUGCUAGAACAGACAACAAGGAACUUGUUCUUCAUUUGGAAGAAGUUCUGCAGGUCAAUAAUACCCUGCAGAGCAAGCUGGUCCAAACUCAAUAUGAACUGAAAAGUAAAGAAACUGAGCACCAACAGCUGAUAGUCUGCAGGGAACAGUUAAUGGAAAAAGCCAAGACUGAGGAAAAGAUGUAUGCUGAACAGUUAGAGUCUUUGAAGAAGCAGUUUCAAACUGAACAAGAGGCUUCCAGGAAAGCUGCCUGUCAAGAAUCUGCUGAGGUAAAGAAAUCCCUUGAAGAAUCCUCCUCCAAAUUGGCUGAAGUUUCCCGUGCUAACAGGGAGCUGCGGCAGAAAUUAAUAGAGCUGGAAAAGUCUUUGUCCAGUUACAAGGAAAAGCUAAGAAGCCAAAGAGCUCAAAUCAGACGAUGCCUGACAUAUAAAGCUAACACAGAAAGGGUAAAGGAGGCUGAAUCUGAACUGAGGAAAAUGGAAGCAAUGAAGGAGGAGUAUCAGAAGAAGAAUUAUGAACAAUCACAGGACAUCCAGAAAUUUGUGUCAGAGUUGAAAAGUGUGCAGAGCAAGAUGCAAGUGUUGUUGAAAAACCAACAUGAAAUGCAAGUGCAGAACAGGCAGCUGGAGGCCCAGGUGGAAGCAGAGAGAAGACAAAGGCAACAGCUGGAAAACGAAUGUCAGAAACUGGAAAAAACAGUCAAACAUCUGAAGAAAUAUAAAGUGGAGACAGAACAGAAACUGAAGGAAGCCAGCAUAGAGUCAGAACAGAUCACAACUAGCCUAGAAGCAGCUCACCGUUGGUUCAAAUCUAAGUUUGACAGCCUGCAGCCUGAAGUUGUGAAAAACCACCAGCCAAAGAACCCUGAAGAGAGCAGCUCUAAAAAGGAGGCAAAGAAAGCAAGCACAUUCAUUUCAAAGAGGGAAGCAAAGAAAAUAGGAGCAAAAGCAAGAAGAGCUUCCCACUCACACCUCCCUGGACAGCAGGGCAAGGACCCAAGGCCUCCAGCUCACCACCAGGAAGGCCCACGUGAGCUGGGCAGGAAAUGAGCUCACUUGACUGGUGAUUCCCAGCCCAGGGAGAGCUUCGCUUGCUGCCAGGACACUACCUGCUAGUACCCAGGUGCUGGAAGGAUCGGGAACUUUACUUGAUCUGAUAUAGAUAGGUCUGUAUCACUAACAAGGCCUUGCAAAUUAAAGGUGCUCACGGGGCACACAUAUAUAGGGGACAUAGGAAUGCUUGUUUAAAUCAUAAACUCUGAUUUGAAUUAAGUAAUACCUCUCACCUUGUCUUUUUGACUCAGGUGCUUUGCAUUGUGAGGCUGGUAUUUACAAAACUACUAUUUAUAGCAAAACAAUUAUUCUUUAUCAUUACUGUAAACUAUAUGCUGUUGAUAUGCUGCAUCUUUGCUUUUGUCACUUUUCUUUUACCAGCUUUAGGCUAAGGCCUGGCAGGUGCUAUCAAAACAAAUCUCAGACUGAUUUGCAGAGGGUUCAGGUGAAUUACUGAAGACUGAGUCAUAUGUCUGUGGCUGGAUGCUGACGUGACUGCGACAGGGAGGAACUGGCAGGACUGGCUGCUGCUAAUGGUCAAUGAUACCUGGGUCAUGAGAGAAUAUAAGCCUUGGGCUAUUUUAGGAGUAUAUAAGGAAUUCAUGAAGUAUAUGAUGUUAUACCACACAUCAUCUUACCUUCGUAAGAAUUAGUGGAAUGUGUUCAAUGUGUCCUACUGUGGAACAACACACUGGGGAAAGAGUAGUUGACACAGAUGACUUACAAUAUGUUGAAGAUGAUUGUAACAUGGACAGUUUCACGCUUGUUCAACUAAGGAUCAGCUCAUCUUUGUCAUGGCUUACUCUUCCAUGUGGUUUCAAUACAAUCUAGCUUCAGUACAUGUGUUGUUGCACUCUAAUCUGCUUCAACAGAGCUGUUUGCAAACUCCUCUGUGAUCAAUGAUAUCUAUACAUGCUAUUUGCAAUACUUGUUUAGUUUAGUGGGGAGGGAAAUCCUGCAUACCUCUGGAGCCUAGGAGCAGCCUGAGGACACACUGGAAUUAGCUCAUUCUGCUCCUCCAGAAAUUUGGUCCUCAGCUAUAACUUACGUACUAGGACUCUGGACUAAUUCAUGGUGACCUGAGCCUCUCCUUGAAGCAAAUGGCUACUCUAAGGAACAAGGGGUGGCUAAGCACACUCUUAAAGCUAAUGCACACCUGAGUUUAAUAAUUAAAUUGUGCUGCUUAAAAGCGGGCCUAUACAAUAUGGCCUUAAGUUUGUCCCAGUCAAGCUGGUUCCUUCAGAAAUCAAUUAGCAUCUAUGCCACACCUGCUCCGUAAAGCUGCUUGGGUGGCUUAGCAUAACUUGUGCCUCUCUGCCUCCACAGUGCCCUCAGGCAAACAGCAGUCAAAACUGUAAUCUAGUUUUGCUUGCUAUGAACUCAAACUGUAGAGUAAUCACAGCUGAAAAACUGUCGUCUCAAAUAGCACUUACCCUUUAACACUUUUGUUUAGAUGGAAUGCUUAAGUAGGUUGCCUAACAAGGGACAAAUGAUUGUGACCUUUGCCUGUGCAAAAGGACAAAGCACAUGGCAGCUGCAUUUGUAGGAACUGCAUGUUGGCAGGGCAACAGCACCAAUCAAUCACACCUCUGUUUUCCCUCUGUGGGAGUUGUUUGACCAACAUACACUAUACUGCAAGGGCUGGUUCAUCACCACUUACUUGUUCCAGAAUCCCCUGCUCUCUCUAGGACCAUGCAUCUGCAGUUACUUUGUAUAUUGAAAUGCAGACUCUGAUUAUAUGGCUGCGGCCAUUAAACUUGGUACUUUUAUUUGCGUAGUGACAGUCUAGUCCAGGUUCAACAAAUCCUGUUGCUUCUUCUAAACCUGUUUGGGGUUUAGGGUGGAAAACAGUAAGAUACAUGGUGUAAUUGUGAAGGGAUUACUGCAUGCCAGUACCUUUCAACUUUAGCACUACCUUAACUUUUGGCUAUACCUGCUAUAGUCAAGUGAUGCAGGUCAGUGGGUCACAUGCAGAAUGAAAAAGCUGGUCCAGAUGUCCAGGAUGUGUUUUGCAUUGGUUUUUACUUCAGAGUUGCUCUAGUCUGAUCCUGCUGAGUGAAUGCUCACUAGCAACUGCAACACUUCUGGAAGCCAUCUUCUAACUUGCUUUCAUUUGAAAUGAAACUAGUUUGUCUGCUCAGAGCUUGCUCUGCAAUGUGAACCACAGCAUGGUGAGUGGCAGCUCACCCAUGUGAAACAUCACAAGUACACACUAGACAAGACUUGUUAUUUUCUUUAAACACAGUCAUUUCAAUAAAGUUGUAUUAACCUAA